AUGCUACUCUUUCUGCUUAUCGUCUCGUUUUCAACCAUCACUUCGGCACAGUUAUGCACUCGAGAGGACUGCAAUAACCGAGGAUCAUGUAUGGGAAUGAAAGCCGCUCCAUUCUGCAUGUGUGAUUUUGGAUUUUUCGGGACGAAAUGUGAAAGCAGUACUCAAGAGACAGUCACAGCUGUUCGUGCUUUCUUGGCUUUGAAGGAGAAAAUUGCCAGAGCAGAGCUGGCGGUGGGAAGCAAUUCACUACUACCCACAAUGGCGGGUGCUUGUACGGCGGAAGACUGCAGUAAUCAAGGUGUAUGUGUUGGUACAAAGGAUCUCCCAUUCUGUCUGUGCAAUCUAGGCAGGACUGGGAUGUACUGUGAAAAGAGCAUCAACUCUUUGCUGAACGCCGAUCCUACAGCGCCAAUAACACCCUGCUCACCAAGUGAUUGCAACAACAAAGGCGUCUGCCUUGGCACGAAAAACUCGUACGUCUGUGCUUGUCAACUCGGUUAUACAGGCAGCAACUGUGAAAACACUCCGUUCACUCUUUGUGAUCCACGUGACUGCGGAUCCAAUGGACUCUGCCUAGGUACCAAAGACAAAUUCACGUGCGCUUGUCAUCUAGGCUAUUCUGGGAGCUGUUGUCAAGUGGCAGGUGUCAUUCCAGCAUGGAACACUGAGCAUAAGUUUUUUAUUGCUGAUCCUCAGAAUUUUGCGGAUUCUGAAUUAACUUCUUGUGUGAAGCUAAACGUCCACAAAUUACCCGAUGAAAGCGGAAACGAACAUGUCCUUUCAGUAUCGGGCACAAUGUGUGAAGCAUCCGAUUGCAAUUCGGCUGGUCUCUGUAUUGGCACAAAGUCAAAGUUCAGUUGCGUUUGCAAUCUCGGCUAUACAGGGGAUCGAUGUGAGACUGCGGAGUCG